CGGAGAAAGACGAUUAACAACGGUGAACAAGCAACGACCAUCGAUUUCACUUGAGAAUGACGAAUACGGCAUUAAGAGAAGCUAAAAGAGAAAGACGGAGCAAGAAAAGAAAUGAUCCGGUGAAGCCGGUGCACAUUAGCGGCAUAACUACAGGGGUUGCUGAUGAUGAUGAUGAUUUUGAGCCCCCGAUUCAGUCGAUGAUGACAAAGCAACCUCAGAAAUUAAAGGUUAAUAGAAAGCAUACAAAAUUAAGUCUACAAGAUGAUGAUGAUGACUUUGAAGUACCUAUUAGAGACUUGAUACUCAAAAGGGGUGAAAACACAAGAAAAAGGCCAAAUACUACAAGUAACCAAGAUGGUGAUGACUUUGAGCCAGUAAAAAAGAAACAAUCGAAAAACGAAAAGCAGAUGGAUCCUAUCGAGGGGAAACGGAAGAUUACCGGUGCAGAGCCUAUUAGGACAGAACCAAGACCGUACUAUGAUUAUCAUCAUGAUGUAAUAAGCCUACGGUGCAGUCCUUCAGGUUUUUUGGAUACAGUUAAGCACUUUACUGAAGCGCAGGUGGCGGAUGUGAAGAGCAUUGGAUUUGGUGAGGUCCUUAAUAUAAAGCUUUAUCAUAUAAGCACACGUUUAGGGUAUUGGCUCGUACGAAACUAUGACGAGCAAUACAGCACACUAAACAUAGGAAAUCACAAGAUAGAAAUCACCCGAGAUUCAGUACAUGACGUGUUUGGUAUUCCAAAGGGUAAUGUUAUUGUACGAGAAAAAAAUAAGCCUAGGAAAGGAGCAAUAGUGGAGAAAAAUACGGCUACUCAAGGCGCAGAAACAACCAUAGAUGAGUUCAAAAACUAGUGGCCAGACACAAACAAAAUUACUCAUACUUUACUUGCAAGAACUAUGUCAGAGCAAACCACUGGCGGACGAUUAUUCAAGCUAAAUUUCCUAGCCUACUGGAACACUUUGUUUGUAGAGAUAACAAAGUCAACAACUGUUAAACAAAGUUUUCUACUUGCAAUUGACAAAGAGGAAGACAUUCCAAAUCUGGAUUGGUGCUCCUUCGUUUUAGAAUCGCUGAAACGAACAAGA